AUGGAAAGAUCACUUGAGGCUACCACAAUGGAAAACAGCACCUCUUCCUGCUUUGUCAUGGAAAGAAAGACUCAUGUCAAGAUUAAAAGGAAAGAAGUAAUGCUAACUAAGCUAAGGAAGAGCUGCUCCUGCACCCCAAAGAAGUUGAAGAACUUUGUCAUGGACUUCCUUCCUGUUUUACGAUGGCUUCCCAAGUACCAGUGCAAAGAGUACAUCUGGGGAGAUGUUAUGUCUGGGUUAGUGAUUGGGAUCAUUUUGGUGCCCCAAGCAAUCGCAUACUCACUGCUGGCAGGUCUCAAGCCCAUAUAUAGUCUUUACACAUCAUUCUUUGCCAACAUCAUCUAUUUCUUAAUGGGUACAUCCCGUCAUGUCUCAGUUGGCAUUUUCAGCUUGAUAAGCUUAAUGGUAGGUCAAGUUGUGGACCGAGAACUUCUCUUGGCUGGAUUUGACUUGAAUGAUGAUUUCCCAUCAGCCACAGGUGAUGGCUCUCUGCAGAAUGGCAGUCAGUCCAACACAACUGCCUUCAACCUUACAAUUGCAGGGCUGAAUGCUGAGUGUGGGAAAGAAUGCUACGCUAUCGGCAUUGCUACAGCCUUGACAUUUGUGGCUGGAGUGUAUCAGGUUCUAAUGGGAAUCUUUCGUCUGGGUUUCGUAUCAAUGUACCUAUCUGAGUCUGUACUAGAUGGCUUUGCAACUGGUGCUUCCUUAACCAUUUUAACAGCUCAAGUGAAGUAUCUGAUUGGAAUAAAAAUCCCACGUAGCCAAGGGCAUGGGAUGCUUGUUAUUACCUGGAUUAACAUUUUCCGGAACAUUUCUCAGGCUAAUAUAUGUGAUGUCAUCACAAGUGCCAUUUGUAUUGUGGUGCUGGUCACUGCUAAGGAACUGGGAGAUCGGUAUAAGCAUAAGCUGAAAUUUCCUCUUCCCACAGAGCUGGUAGUUAUUGUUGUGGCAACACUGGUGUCACACUAUGGGAAGUUAAAUGAAGUGUAUGCCUCCAGUGUUUCUGGAGCUAUUCCAACAGGAUUUAUUCCCCCCAAGGUACCACAUUUCAACUUAAUGCUCCGAGUGGCUGUAGAUGCUUUGCCUCUUGCCAUAGUAAGCUUUGUCUUCACUGUAUCCCUUUCUGAAAUGUGUGCAAAGAAAUAUGCUUACACAAUCCGAGCCAAUCAGGAAAUGUUUGCUGUGGGCUUCUGCAACAUCAUUCCCUCUUUCUUCCACUCUUUUGCAACCAGUGCAGCUCUGGCAAAAACACUCGUCAAAACAUCUACAGGCUGCCAGACUCAAGUCUCUGGAGUAAUUAGUGCAAUGGUGGUUUUGCUGGUGCUGCUUUUCUUGGCACCUCUCUUCUACUCCUUGCAGAAGUGUGUCCUGGCUUGUAUCAUCAUUGUCAGCCUUCGAGGAGCCCUGAGGAAGUUCCGAGAUGUGCCAGCACGGUACCGUGUGAAUAAGGUGGACACACUUGUUUGGGUCAUUACCAUGUUCGCGUCUGCCUUGAUCAGCACAGAAGUAGGGCUGUUGGUUGGCAUUGUUUUCUCCAUGUUAUGCAUCAUUGUUCGGACACAGCGGCCACGGACAGCCCUGCUUGGUCAGAUCCAAGACACCAGUUUUUAUGAGGAUGAAUCAGAAUAUGAAAAUCUCUUUUCUAUUCCAAAGGUCAAAAUAUUCCGUUUUGAGGCACCACUUUACUAUGCAAAUAGAAAUUAUUUCCUCAAGUCUCUAUACAGAUUGACUAACUUAGAUCCUAACCUGGAAGUUGCUAGAAGGAAGAAAUACAAGAAAAAGGGAAAGCAGCAUCUGAAAAAGGAAGACCACACAAUUGCUAAUGGACUGGGCAUUGGAGAAACCACUUUGCAACUAGUUCCUAAACAAAUUGAUUUCCAAGCCCUUGUUGUAGAUUGCUCAUCCAUUUCAUUUUUGGAUACCACUGGAGUUAACACUCUAAAGGAAAUCCUGAAAGACUAUAAAGACAUAAAUAUUUCUGUUCUCUUGGCUUGCUGUAAUCCCUCAGUGAUAGACUCUCUGAAAAGCGGAGGUUACUUUGGGAAAGAUUUUGGAAGUAUGCAGGAAAUGUUGUUCUACAGUAUACACAAUGCUGUUCAGUUUGCAAAAGACAUGAAGCUGCAAGCAGAUUGCCAAGUUUAA